AUGAUGAACAGCAAUAUACAACGAAAAUAUACAGAUUGUUGUGUUAUGCCACACAAACAACAGCUAUAAAGUUGAGUCAAUCUUUGCUCGGAUCACUCUCUCUCUCUCUCUCUUAUGUUAUGCGUUCUGAACAUUAUUUUGGUGGCCGACAUUUAAAAAAAAAAUAAGAGAAACGGAACACCUAUGAUCAAAGUAUAUUGAAAUAAAAUUAAACAUCGCUGGUUAAUAAAAUAAAAAAAAAUGUCUACGAUAAAACCAUUAAUUUAUCUGACACGUAUUGAAAAAUUUUCCUCUGCUCAUCGUCUAUUUAAUCAACAUUAUAAUGAUGAACGGAAAAAUGUCGAUACAUUUGGAAAAUGUACGAAUAUUCAUGGCCAUAAUUAUACGUUAGAAGUGACCAUUAAAGGACCGGUAAAUGAACGAACCGGUAUGGUUAUGAAUAUUGUUGAUUUGAAAAAAAUUAUCGAGGAUAAUGUUUUAAAUUUAUUGGAUCAUAAAUAUAUUGACAAAGAUGUUGAAUAUUUUUUCGACAAUGGUCAAUCACCGGUCAUUAGUACAAGUGAAAAUAUUUGUAUAUUCAUUUGGCAGCAGAUUGUAAAACAUUUACCCAAUACAGUCAAAUUGCAUUGUAUAAAAUUACAUGAAACUGACAAGAAUAAAGUGAAAUACUAUGGUGAAUCUGUGUGAUCAUAGAAUUCGUUUCCAAUGGCAA